AUGUCUGCUUCUCCAUCCGCACUGCAAUCGACCAAGCGUCCCUUGGAGGACCCUUCUUCGCCGUCCGGACCAAAUGAUCAGCCAGAAGCUAAACGUCCUGCCUUGGACAAAGUAGUAAAGGGAGACGAGUCGGAGGCCUAUACGGAUGCCAAGGCUGAGCCUUCCGCUGCACCAAGUGCCACCGCUGAUGGCCACGGCGACACUGUUGUUCCUGAUGCUCCAAAUGGUAAGGGUGCAUCCACGGAGACGCAGCCAAUUCAGUCAACCGCGUCUCAUGGCGAGCGCGCUACUUCUCAGCCCGAACAGCAGCGCCCACAAGAUGAAUCCAGCUGGAUUCACAUUCGCGCUGUAAUCUCCAGCCAGGAAGCUGCCACAGUCAUUGGCAAGGGUGGAGAAAACGUAUCUCAGAUUCGUCGUUUGUCUGGAGCCAAGUGCACUGUCAGCGACUACUCCCGUGGUGCAGUUGAACGUAUUUUGACCGUGAGCGGCCCACAGGAUGCCGUUGCCAAGGCGUUUGGUUUGAUCAUUCGUACAUUGAACAAUGAACCUCUUGAUGCCCCCUCUACCGCCCAAUCCAAGACAUACCCUCUGCGUUUGCUGAUCCCUCACCUCCUUAUUGGCUCCAUCAUUGGCAAGGGUGGUUCCCGCAUUCGCGAGAUUCAGGAAGCUUCUGGCGCCCGCUUGAAUGCAUCCGAUUCGUGCCUUCCCUUGUCCUCUGAGCGGUCACUUGUAAUCCUCGGCGUUGCCGAUUCUGUCCACAUCGCUACCUACUACGUCGCCGUAACCCUCGUUGAGCAGCUCACUGAGCGCUUUGGAGGUCCUGCAGCCUCGGCUUAUGCCACCCGCAGCGGUGGCCCUGCUGGUGCAGUGCCUGGCGGUAUGCAGGUUGUCCCGUAUGUUCCACAGCCCGCUGGUGGUCAAUAUGGCCAUCCAGAACAUUUCAAGAGACACCAUCCCCACCCCAAUCGCGCUGCUGCAGGCGCUUAUGGGGUCCCUUACCUUCACGGUCAGCCUGCUCCCGCACCUGUGGCCCAGCCGGCUUUGCAUUAUGGAGCUGCUCCCCAUGCCCCUUAUGCAGGAGCUGGCCCCCAUCAGCCUGCUCCGUACGGCGCACCGCAGCCAGCUCAGGCACGCGGCGCCCCUACCCCUGCCACACCCGUUGGAGGUGUUAUGCCUGGUCAGCCAUUGACUCAGCAGAUUUACAUUCCCAAUGACAUGGUUGGUGCCAUCAUCGGAAAGGGUGGUGCGAAGAUCAAUGAGAUUCGACACCUCAGUGGCAGUGUGAUCAAGAUCAAUGAGCCUCAAGAGAACAGCAAUGAGCGCUUGGUGACUAUUACCGGAACCCAGGAAUGCAACCAAAUGGCUCUGUACAUGCUUUACUCGCGACUUGGUUAG